AUGAACCCCCCGCGCGCGGACCCAUUUACGCGGAUUGUGUUUGCUUUCGGGUGGGAAUGUGUUGGGAGAUGGCCGCGGUGGGCUACACCUGUUCCGAAGCACUUUUCCUCCUCCUCCUCCUCCAACCAUGGACAGCAAUAUCGUCCAGAUUCAGACGCCGAGAUAGAAGUGGCAUCCUUUCAACACAGUGAAGAUGACAACGAUAACGAGAGCGACCCAACCCUCAACGCCCUGGAACGCUACGCCCGCACCCUAGUCUGUAACCGCUUCGCCCCAACCUGGCACGAAGACGAAGCAACCUACGAACUCGCCCGCGAGCUGGCACUAGGCCAGGACAACAGGACGAACCCGCAUGGCCCCGUCUCGAUGCGUCUGGCCAGGUUCUGGGGUCUCUGGGAGCGCAUGCUUGCGCCGUGGCAGAUGAAUCAGGUCGUCAAGGGGACGGGGCGGGUGUUGGCGCUUGAUCUUUCUGACCAGAUGCCUAUGCUGGGCAGCAUGCGUGAAAUAUGGCGUUACGGCUGGUUCACGGAUCCCUCCGAGAACGCUCUCGUCAAGCACCUAGAUAUCGACCUCGCUCACAUUCGCGAAGCCGCGGACGCGGGGUGCAAGAUACUCAGACGAAGACUGGAAAAAGGACCGGCGCCGAUGCAUGCGCCGUAUACCCCCGAUGAACUGCGCGAUCGGGAGGAUAUGCCCGUCGAACGGACGGUUCUUGGACCGGUGGGCCUUGAUAGGGACAAGAUCUUUCGUCCGGAGAGCUUAUUCCGCUACCCGGUCCCCUCGCACCAGGAUAUCCAGGACCUUGAGAAGAGGCUGGAUCUCAGCGCCCCAUUGCCCGAUCAGUACAAGGCUUUCUUCCGGGUGAUGGACGGGAUGGGACCGGUAUGGUGGAACGAAUCGCAGCAUCUGCGUAUCCUGGCCCCGCUGUCCAAGGUCACUAUUGAGGACGACGAGCUUCCGCCAAGCAUGCAGCUCGAGUUGCUUCCAUCCCGGGGUCUCGCUGACGGCACGUGUAUAUCCUGGCCCCUUCUCCGGCGGGUAAUCUGUAUUAGUGAGGGCGGUUACAAUGGAGACCUCUGGCUCGUGGAGCCGAAAUACGUAGCAGAAGCCAAAGAAGCUUUCUUCCAAGUCUACGACCACGCCUCAGAACAGGACCGACGUUUGCUCCGUAGGGGAGUAGAAGAAGUCUACGGCAGCAUCGAUGGUUUCCGCAAGUUGGAUUGGGGUCUGUUGAUGUGGACGUCGUGGUUCACGGAGAUGGUUCCCUACCGGGACCUAAGUGCCCUGAUGGACGAGUUGGCGAGGGGUAGUCGGCGGACGGUGAAGGAGUGGACGCUUCGGUUCGAUCCGAGCACGAUAAGGUUGAAUGCAAGGUUCUAUAAGACGGCUAAUGCGUUGGAUCCAAGCAAGGAGGUGGACAAUGUAAAGGAUGGCAAGGGCAACCUUGUGCUGUCUUCGCCGGGGACGAUGGCGAUGGGACCGUUGGUGUAUCCGGAGAAUGCAAUGACCAUGCCCAUGGUCGAUCACUGA